AUGUCAGAGUGCCGAAUCUGUUUAAAUUCUUCAAACGACUCCGCGCUCAUAUCUCCGUGUAUGUGCAGUGGCUCUAUUAAAUACGUCCAUUCGCAUUGCUUACAGCACUGGCUAAAAGAAAAAUACCCUAAUCGAUACAAAACUAUGCCUAUUAAGACUAGGGGAUGCAAUACCGGAUUAAAAUGCGAACUUUGCAAGUAUGAAUUUCAGGGCAAAUUAAGGUUUUUGGGGAUAUCAGGGAUACUUAAGAAACUAAAAGAAACCCAGGCUUUGAUUUACAUUAUUCUCAACGUUCCUGUAGUUUUGUAUCUGAUAUAUAAGUUUAACUACCUGCUACGUCAUCUUUUAAAUGUGUCAAAAUCACAUAUAAAUUUAAUCAAACUUCAAAGCUCAGGAUGCAAGAAAAUAUUUAUGUUGACCAAGUUUUAUAUUAGAUUCCUUUUAGGACUGCUGCCUGUGGCAGUAUUCGGAGCGUCGGCUCCCACGAUUGCAUAUAGCACUAUGGUGCUCGCCAAAAAUUUAAUAUCAGAAUGCCAAGUUUUUGAGAUCAAAAGUAUCAGUGGGAAGAUGCAAAAUCAACUAAAAGCUGUAAAUUAA